UGAACCUUGGGAGCCAUGGUGAACUCGGGCCUCUCCGGAGCCGCCGCCGCCGCUGCCGCCACCGCCGCUACCGUCUCUCUAGAGUGAGGGGCGCGGACGAGGUGAGCAAGGAGGCGGCGGCUGCAGCUGUGGGGACAGCAGCCACCAUGUCGGAUACGCGGCGGCGAGUGAAGGUCUAUACCCUGAACGAAGACCGGCAAUGGGACGACCGAGGCACCGGGCACGUCUCCUCCACCUAUGUGGAGGAGCUCAAGGGAAUGUCGCUGCUGGUUCGGGCAGAGUCCGACGGAUCACUACUCUUGGAAUCAAAGAUAAAUCCAAACACUGCAUAUCAGAAACAGCAGGAAGAUGAGAAGUUUUUGUCUGAAGUUUUUGCACAAUUAACAGAUGAGGCCACGGAUGAUGGUAAACGCCGUGAAUUGGUUAAUUUUUUCAAGGAAUUUUGUGCAUUUUCUCAGACAUUACAACCUCAAAACAGGGAUGCAUUUUUCAAAACUUUGGCAAAGUUGGGGAUUCUUCCUGCUCUUGAAAUUGUAAUGGGCAUGGAUGAUUUGCAAGUCAGAUCAGCUGCUACAGAUAUAUUUUCUUAUCUAGUAGAGUUUAGUCCAUCCAUGGUCCGAGAAUUUGUAAUGCAGGAAGCCCAGCAGAGUGAUGACGAUAUCCUUCUCAUUAAUGUAGUAAUUGAACAAAUGAUCUGUGACACUGAUCCUGAGCUAGGAGGUGCCGUUCAGUUAAUGGGACUUCUUCGUACUCUAAUUGAUCCAGAGAACAUGCUGGCUACAACUAAUAAAACUGAAAAAAGUGAAUUUCUAAAUUUCUUCUACAACCAUUGUAUGCAUGUCCUCACAGCACCACUUUUGACCAAUACUUCAGAAGACAAAUGUGAAAAGGAUAAUAUAGUUGGAUCUAACAAAAACAGCACAAUUUGUCCCGAUAAUUAUCAAACAGCACAGCUGCUUGCCUUAAUUUUAGAGCUACUCACAUUUUGUGUGGAACAUCACACAUAUCACAUAAAAAACUAUAUUAUGAACAAGGACUUGCUAAGAAGAGUCUUGGUCUUGAUGAAUUCAAAGCACACUUUCCUGGCCUUGUGUGCUCUUCGUUUUAUGAGGCGGAUAAUUGGCCUUAAAGAUGAAUUUUAUAAUCGUUACAUCACCAAGGGAAAUCUUUUUGAGCCAGUUAUAAAUGCUCUUCUGGAUAAUGGAACUCGGUACAAUCUAUUGAAUUCAGCUGUUAUUGAGUUAUUUGAAUUUAUAAGAGUGGAAGAUAUCAAGUCUCUUACUACACAUAUAGUUGAAAACUUUUAUAAAGCACUUGAAUCGAUUGAAUAUGUUCAGACAUUCAAAGGAUUGAAGACUAAAUAUGAGCAAGAAAAAGACAGACAAAAUCAGAAACUGAACAGUGUACCAUCUAUAUUGCGUAGUAACAGAUUUCGCAGAGAUGCAAAGGCAUUGGAAGAGGAUGAAGAAAUGUGGUUUAAUGAAGAUGAAGAGGAGGAAGGGAAAACAGUUGUGGCACCAGUGGAAAAAUCUAAGGCAGAAGAUGAUUUUCCAGAUAGUUACGAAAAAUUCAUGGAGACUAAAAAGGCAAAGGAAAGUGAAGACAAGGAAAACCUUCCCAAAAGGACAUCUUCUGGUGGCUUCAAAUUUACUUUCUCCCACUCCACCAGUGCUGCUAAUGGAACAAACAGUACAAACAGUAAAUCUGUAGUGGCUCAGACACCACCAGCAAGUUCUAAUGGAUCCUCUUCCAAAACUACAAACUUGGCUACAUCAGUAACAGCCACCAAGGGAAGUUUGGUUGGUUUAGUGGAUUAUCCAGAUGAUGAAGAGGAAGAUGAAGAAGAAGAAACAUCUCCCAGGAAAAGACCUCGUCUUGGCUCAUAAAAUAUUUACUGGGGACCCUAAGCAUGUGGUUGUACAAAAAUGCUGCAACUGUUCAAUGAGCUGAAAAUCUGAAUCAGAAAGCUUUCUCACUUGAACUUAUAAAUAUACAAGGAAUAGCAAAAGACACUCAGUAUAUCAGCUAGGAGAGUUUAGUUCUGUAAAAAAAACAGGCUUCCCAGGAACUUGAUCGCUUGCUAGUAAUUAAGGGGUUUGCCUUUCAAGCUGUCAAAAAAAAAAGUUAGUAACCAGAACCUGGGAGAUAGCUUCUCAGCAAGGAAACUCUCAGGUUGUGGGACAGUUUAGGGGAGGGACAAAGUUGAUAAAAUAAUAUUAAUGCAGGGUUGCUCCAGGAGGGUUUCUGAUUUAGAAACAGUUAUAAAACUUCAGUUGCAAACCCAAUAAUAACAUUACUUGUAUAAUGGUGCUGGCCAUGUUGUUCUUUUAAUCAGUUGCCUCUUUUUAAAAGAAAUUUUUAUGGAAAACAAGUUCAACUAUCAUAAAUAAUGAAGUUAAGCUGUUGGGACCAUUUCUUUGAAGAUACAACAGAAAUUCAGCCUUACUGGUAGGUAGAGGGAAAUACACCCUGUAUUACAGCACAUGUUGAGUUUUCUACACCAGGAACUUUCAGUGUGUAUUUUGAUGAAAACAAACAAGCUGGAUUCAAAAUGGACAGUUUUGUUAAUAUAACUUUAAAAUCAGCACUUUUAGAGAUAACAGAUGCCAAGAAUCAGUACAGUAGUAUUCCAAAAUGAUUUUCUCUAGAAAUGGGAGUGGAUUGAACAGAAUGUUUUCAACUGCCUACCAGUACAAUCUUUUGUGGAAGAUACUUUGAAGUCACUUUCUGCUUUGUUAAUAAAGUUGUCUCUCUCCAGAGCUGCAGGCAAGUUUUAAAGUGUAAUUUAUAAAGACUAACAUACAAAGAAUAGUGCUGAAUUAAGUGGCAUUUAAUAUCUACAGGCCAUUUUGAUCCAAGAAGUUACUUCAGUGUCAGAGUAUGCAGCACAUGAAGCUUUUCCAAGAACUAACAAGGGUGUAAUAUGAAAGCUGCUUUUUUUUUUUUAAGAAUAAAAGCACAUUCCAUGUACGUAAAUGAAUUUAAAAUAAUAAACUGAGGCAAACAGUUAAGAGGUUUUAUUUUUAGAACAGCAAGUUAACUGUAAAUAUUUUAAUGUUAGUUUGCUCAUCUAUGAUCUGAGAUGCUGAAGUGAGAAAAACAUCCCCCAAACUACAAUUUAAUGCAUUGGGAAGAAAAAACCAAAAAACUAAAAAUAGUAAUUCCAGCUACAGUCUUCAGAUCACCCUUGUAAUGUGUUACGGGUCCAUUUUUCCUGGAAUAGCUUAAACUGAAGCAGUUUCCCCUGUUUUGGAGAUUUUGUAGUUAAUUUUAAUUUUGGCUAUUGUUUGGAAGAUGGGCUGUCUGUGUAGAUAUGAAGUAUAGUUUUUCCAUAAAACAGAUGUUUAUUUUGUAUUAAAAAUACCACUGUACUUGUUUUACACCAUUUGUAUACAUGUGGUGAUAUUAAUGCUGACCUGUAAAAUUCAGGAAUUAAAAUGUGACCCUGUAAUUCUA